AUGCUUCUAGGUCUCAGUGACCUCGGUACAUUACAAAGGACCCUUGCCCCGAUCACAACGGCGGACCUGUUUAAGCCUCCUUGCUAUUCGGAAAGGCCAAAGUCUGGCAUUGAUAUCAGCAAAUUCCUCAGUCGCGAGGGACGUGUUAGACGACCGUCAUCUCUGAAAGCCAGCGUGGCCGAGUUCGGUGAAGAUAUGAUUAGUCUCGGUACAGGUCGUCCGUCGCCAGACACAUAUCCGUUUGAGAGAAUGGAGUUUGCAUAUUCCUCGCCCAACGUUACCGCCUGGACUGAUCAGGCUAUGCAUAUCCAUGGCUCUCAGGAGAAGAAGGGAACAGGCAUCGUAUACAAGCAGGAUCCGUCGGCUUCGAUCGAUCUAUCAAUCGCGCUGUCCUACGGUUACUCUCUUGGGUCUGAGCAACUCAUUCAAUACCUUACCACUCAUGUCUCUCAUGUUCAUUCUCCGCCCUAUUCAGAUUGGGAGAUAUGCCUCACAGGGGGGAACACAUCAGCCAUGGAGACUGCAUUUCGCAACUUCACUGAUCCUGGCGAUUAUGUCUUGGUGGAGGAGUACACAUACUCUGGGAUGAUAGAAGCAGCGUCGGCUCUCGGCCUGAUUCUAGUUCCUGUGGCAAUGGAUGCAGACGGGAUAAAUCCCGACUCGCUAGACAACAUCCUAUCAACGUGGAAUGACUUUCAUCAGGGGAAGCCGGCACCGAAAUUAUUAUACACUAUACCAACCGGACACAAUCCAACUGGCAUAACGCAGCCUCUGCACCGGCGACAGGAGAUCCUAGAUGUUGCUGAGAAACACGACAUUCUGAUUCUUGAAGACGACCCUUACUAUUAUCUUCAUUUUCCACAAACUCAUGGAGGCUCAGACUUCCUCUCCCUCCCGUCUUACCUCGCACUCUCCAGGGCCGGACGUGUCAUACGGCUCGACAGCACAUCCAAAAUUCUUGCCCCAGGGUUGAGGCUGGGUUGGCUUACGGCUCCAAAGGCCAUCGUCGAGACAUUUCAAGCGGCGCAUGACCUCGGGUUUGUCCAUCCUAGUGGCCUCAGCCAGGUGGCUGUAUACAAGCUAAUAUCAGAGACAUGGGGACACGAUGGGUUUUUGCAAUGGCUGAACGUCCUGGCGGGCAACUAUCGUGAUAGAGCUUCAGCAUUGCUUCAAGCGAUGGAGAGAGAGCUUGGAUGGGGAAUAUUAGCAGACAUUUGCUCCUGGAGCGAAAUCCGGGCUGGAAUGUUCAUUUGGCUGAAAGUUGACUGUAGCACGCUACUAGACAUGUCCGAAACACUGAUGGAUGCAGAAGCAAGGCAUCGGGCACUUGUGAAAAUCGAGGACAAGAUUUAUAUGGAAGCGUUGAAGGAAGGGGUGCUAGCCUGUAAAGGCAGCCCCUUUCAAACGCCGACACUGACUAACACUGGUGCUAUCAAUGAUGAUGGACGAUCGUCGGCUGUGCUUGGAACAUCCCUGGGCAAGGAAAAGGUUGCCGUCUUCCUGCGCCUAACGUUUGCGUCUGCCGAAGCGACGGACCUUGCCAAGGCAGUUGGGCGUUUGGGAAUAGCGCUCCGCAACAUAUUCACCCCGAAAUCUGGGGAAGCAACUCCAGCGAUAUCUGUUCAGUGA